AUGACCACCACCCACCCCCUCUUUCAAAUCACCGCCAUCCCCAACUCGGGCCUCGGCGCCGUCGCCACAGCCCCCAUCACGCGCGGCACGCUCCUCAUCUCCGAAGCCGCACUCUUCCUGCUCACCGCCGACUUCCUCACCACCGCUGCCGCCAACGCCGGCAUCGCCGCCAAGCUCCGCACGCUCUCCCCGCCGCAGCUGCACGCCUUCCUCGCACUCACAAAUGCGCACACUGCCGACACCACCCACCCGUUCGCGGGGAUCGUGCGCACAAACGCGCUCCCCUGCGGCGUCGACGCCGUCGAGUGCGGCGUGUUCCUGACAUGUUCACGCUUCAACCACAGCUGCAAUCCGAACGCGAAUUACUGCUGGAACGAAAAGACGCGGCAGGAGGUGGUGCACGCGGUGAAGGACAUUGCCGCGGGCGAGCAGAUCUCCGUAUCGUAUCUCGACGAGGAGGCAACGAACUAUCCGCGCGCGCAGCGCCAGCAGCGGCUCAAGAAGGACUUCGGCUUCGAGUGCCGGUGCAGUGUUUGUUCCGGGGAUGCGGCGGCCGUUGCGGCGAGCGACGGGCGGCGGAGUGAGGUGGGGAGGCUGGAUGCGCUGGUGGGUGGGGGGAGGCUGAUGAUGGGGAGCCCGCAGAAGGCGCUGGGGUGCUGUAAGAGGAUGUUGGCGCUGCUGGGGGAGGAGGGGAUACAGGAUGUGAGCCUGUAUCGGACGUACUAUGAUGCAUUCCAGAUCUGUGUUGCGCAUGGGGAUUUGGCGAGGGCAGCAGUGCUGGCGCGGUUGGGCGUGGCGGUGAAGGUGGCGUGCCAUGGGAGUGAGGCAGUCGAGGAUGAGCUGUGGACGUAUAUAAGGUCGCCGGAGAAGCAUCGGUUGGCGUCCAUGUCGAGAAGGUGGGCGACAAAGGUGGGCGAUGCGAAGGAGAUUGGGAGUGAGGGCUUUGAGGAGUGGCUUUGGGCGAGGGCCCGUUGA